CAUCAUGCACCACUGCGACCCGCCCCAGCAACAGUUGUCCGCACCGUACACCUUAAGUGGAGCGUCGGCGCCCCAUUCCCACCCGCCUCCAGAUCUGUAGAGAACGCAGUUUAGGACCUUGUAUGUGUGAUUUUUGCACCCUGAAUCCGCAUUAGCGCAGCAGCUGGUGAGGAAGACUACUGGCCCAGCGUUACAUAAUAUCACAGACGCUGUCGCUGCUGCACCUCCCCCCCAAUCACACACUGCUCAGUACUUCCUGCAAAAUACCCUGACUAUCAGCACAUAGAAUACCGGCCCUAAUAAAGAUUACCUUUGACGCAGUAAAUCUUCGUUCUCCCAGGAUCGUGGCUGCCACUAAUGAGUUAUGUUUCUGGACUAUUAUGGCACCCAGAAUCACAUGACUUAUGAUGUAAUGAGCAGGGAGGCUUUGGGAUGCCCCUCUGAGCUCUGCCUGCACUGUGACGUCCUCCUUCUCCCCAUCACACAAGAUACUGAGAGCUUCCACAGACUAACUCUUUCAGUGUUGGACAGCCAUAUUGUUUGCCUUCCAACGUCAUUUUGAAGAGAGAGAAUUAUUUGUAGAAGGACAGCUAAGAACGGUGACUCUCUGGUGUAUUCUUAAAAGACGUUGUGACGUCUUCUCAUCAUGUCGGAAGAGGAGGAUGAAGAUUGUUGGAGUAAACUGGAACAUUACAGGGUCAAGUUAAUCUCUGUCAUAGAUCCUAACAGAAUAACCCCUUACCUCCGCCAGUGUCGUGUCCUGAACAGUGAUGACGAGGAGCAAGUAUUUAACGACCCCAGCCUUGUUAUCCGCAAAAGAAAAGUGGGUGUGCUCCUGGACAUCCUGCAGAGGACGGGCUGCAAAGGGUACAGUGCAUUCCUGGAAAGUCUGGAACUUUACUACCCACACCUGUUUCUGAAUAUAACUGGCAAGGAGCCCACUCGUGUCUUCUCCAUGAUCAUAGACACUGCCGGGGAGUCCAGUCUGACCCAGCUUCUCAUGAACGAGAUGUUAAAGCUCCAGAACACCAUCCAGGAGGAGAGGAGAAAGUACAAGGAGCUGAACAUGCUGCUGUGUGAGAAGGAGGACAUCAUCCGACAGACGCAGGUGAAGGACAGCGAGCUGAGGAAGCACCAGGAGAGGGUCCAGAAGAUGAAAGAGGAGAUGAGCAGCUUUAUCAAGGAGCUGAAGAAGUGUAAGGAAGAAAACUAUGAGCUGGCCAUGAAGUACGCCCAGCAGAGCGAGGAGAAGAACGGCGCACUCAUGAAGAACAGAGACUUGCAGCUGGAGAUAGAGAAACUGAAGCACAGCCUGAUGAAGGCCGAGGAUGACUGUAAGCUGGAGAGGAAACAUACACUGAAAUUAAAGAACGCUAUGGAGAAAAAACCCAGCCAGGAUGUCAUGUAUGAGCUGCAGAGGGAGAACGAGCUGCUGAGAGCCAAGAUCCAGGAGCUGGAGAGCCCUCUGCAGAAUUUGCCCAGAGAAGGGACAUCGGAGAAGACAAAAUUGUACAUUCAGGAUCUAGAAGAUGAUCGCAGGCAGGCUUUGGAGCAGCACCAGGACAUGGUGAAUAAUGUCUACACCCUGAAAAUGAGUCUGCGGCAAGCUGAGGACCUGCGAGACAAGUACUUGGAAGAGAAAGAGGUCUUGGAACUCCAGUGCACAACGCUGAAGAAAGACUCAAAAAUGUACAAAGAGCGUAUUGGGGUUAUAUUACAGCAGAUGGAGGAAGUGUGCGUGGAACGGAACCUGGCCAUUGCUACAAGGGAGGAGUUCCACAGGCAACAUACCAAGAGCCUGGUGGAGAAAGACGGCUACCGCAAACAGAUCCGAGACCUGGGGGAGAAAUGUGAUGAUCUGCAAAUCCAGCUGUUCAGGAGCGAGGAAUUAUUGUUAGCUCUGGAGACCAAGCUGAAGAGGAAAGAGGCCUCAGCGCUGUCCUCUGACCCAGAUGAGCUGUCAUCACGUAGCUCCCAGGAGAUGAAUGUCCGGAUCUGCGCAGAUGAGCACGAGGCACAGCGGGGUGACGGGCAGCAGUCGGGGCAAGUGGACGUCAAUGGCGAUCUCUCCGAGACAUCCGGGACAAGCAGCAACGUACACAGCCCGGUACACGACUUACCUGUAAGUAACGGCAGAAGACGGAUUAACAAAAGCUUUGAGCAUAAUCGCAGAAAGUGGGCCCUGAGAUUCCGGAACAGCUCGCCGACGUCCGUGGAAUACUACUCAACAGAGACCGACACUGAUGGGACCCCAUAGAACAGAGUAUCCUCCUGGCACAGGACAAAAUGGGGAACACGCCAACAAGCAGCACUGUGAUUGGGCGACCACAUUAGGACAAGCAAUGGCAGCGGCACUGCUCAGACUUGUGGCUAUAGGUGACAGGAUAUUUAUUAUCUACAAUGACUGUUUCGGACCUGAGGGCUGGGCACUGCACAAUGGUUGAAUAAAAAGAGACCCUCCUAAGGCGCUGCAAACGGGCAGCGAAUAGACAAUACCAAAUAGGUCACCAACCUAUAGGAAAAUAUGUAACAAAAAAAAAGGUACGAUCUCAC